AUGGCGCCUUCCUCAAGUCUUUCCAAUGGAGACAAGAUUCGGCAAAUGAUCGCCAGUCUCUCGCCCGACGACAUCGCCAGGCUGAUUCCCCAAGAGACCCUAACAUCUCUGCUAAGAGCUAAUGACGAGAAAGAGCGCCUGCGGGAGCUGCCUGUUAGCCCCAGAGCGGUAGCAGCGGCGAGCAAAAACAAGAAGAAAGUCAAUGGUUUUAUGGCAUUUCGAUCCUACUACGCCGGCAUCUUUCAGGAUAGACCACAGAAAGAACGCUCGCCCUUCAUCACGCUACUCUGGCAAAAGGAAACGCUCAAAUCAAGGUGGACUCUCAUGGCCAAUGUAUUCUCUCGCAUUAGAGAUUUUGCAGGCACCACAAGAGGUCGCAUGGCAAUGAGUGGGUUCCUGCGAGUUGCCUGCCCCCUUCUGGGCAUCACGAAACCCUGCGACUACCUCCGACGCCACAAUUGGCAGCUCGAGUUUGUUGCAGACACGUCAGCCCCGCAUGACGCCGCAAUAAGAUAUGAGAUUUCCCAGUCAGAAAUCCCUCACAUCGUCGACGAGUUCGAGGUUCCUACUACGGAGAUUGAGUUGCUUCGUGCCUGUGUUCAAGGUGGUUUUCCAUUUGAGAAUAGCGCCCAGCUUCUAAGAGACAUGGAAGAGAGCUCUCUCACCGUAAUGACCAAGACUGCACCUAUUUUGGCAGCGUCACAAGCUUCGCAGGCCUCGCAGGGUCAACAUAACCACCAUUUCAUCAACACACUCAUCAACGAUCCGGAUGCUGCGAUAUCCGCGCUUUUGCCCCAGGACGAAGACAUCGGCAGUCUGAUGGUUGACAUGAAUAUCAUUCACUCACUCGAGGCCGACAGCUCAGCAACAUCGUCGGCACGUAACUCAGUUUCACCCCUGGAGCAGCACUUGUUCUUCCAAGAAGACAUCGCCAUCGACCCUUCAAGAAUGGUUUCCUUCCCUGGCGAGGAUCAUGGUCUCCCGGAAACACAAUACAACUAUCCCAAUCCAACUCUCGGUCUCUGGUGA